CAAUUAUUUACCCCUGUCCCCUUUGUCCCCCCAGACCCCGACUGUGUUCCCCUGUCCCCCACUGUGUCCCCCCAGUCCCCCACUGUCCCCCCUGUCCCCCACUGUGUCCCCCCAGGCCCCGACUGUCCCCCCGGUCCCCGCAGAGCCAUGCGAAGCCUGGAGCGAAUCGUUGAGACCCGUAUAGAACUUUUGGAAUGGGACUCCAAGGAGACUAAGGAGGACUGUGCCAGAUGUCGGGCUCUGGAUUGUGAUAUUAUUUUUGCCCUUUUAUUCACUAUUGUCAUUGCCUGUUUGCUAGUUUUGAUUAUGGUGUUCUGGCUGAAAGGGGUCCUGCAGUAUGAGGAUGUGUAUACACGUUUGUUGCGGGAUCGAGGCAGCGUGUAAGGCUCGAAUUCGACCAUUUUCUCCUAUCGGGUAGUUCUGAGAACUGUGAUAUAGAAUAUGUAGAUAUUUACUCUGAAGUCGAGUCGGUCGACGAGGAUAUUCUCUCAUCCGCACUCGGAGGUCGCUACUGUGGUACUGUGGCGCCUCACGUUAGAAUCAGCCUACGACGCGUCAUGAAACUCGUUUUACAUUCCCGUUCGACAAAUCAUGAGGAUAAUCAUGGAUUUCGAGCCAAAUAUUCGUUUAUUCCAGAAGACAAAUUCAUUGCCGGGGAGCCAGUUGGCGGCAAAAAGUGCAGCUUCAUAAUCGACUCUUCCGAUCGUAAAAUCGGAACCCUCUACUCACCAACCUACCCCGGCACUUAUCCCCACAAUAUGCACUGCUCCUACCUGAUGAAGGCAGGAAGAGGCGAACGAAUCCGUCUCUUUUUUACUGAUUUUGAUAUUUUCUUUGGCGGAGAGCACUGCCCUUACGAUAGUGUCACGAUAUUCGACGGUCCGACACCUGCGUCGCCGAUUAUUCGGAAAGUUUGCGGGUUGCAGCAGAGGAUGGAGGUGUACUCAAUGGGUAAUAGCUUGCUGAUCCAUUUCAAUACGACACAUCCAGCAAAGUCGGAUCCGAGGGGCUUCAUCAUGGACUACGAGUUCUCCACGAGAUUCGUCAACAUUGACAAGCUUCUCAACAAGCAGCGUGGUGUUACCCACAUCCGGGGUACAGAGUGUGACGUUCGAGUUGAGAGCAAUCGAGAGACGUUCCACACGAUUUCCAGCCCUAAUUACCCCGAAGUCUAUCCAGCCAACACCACCUGCACCUACAUCAUUCAUGGACUUCAGGGAGAGCAGAACCUGGAGAAGGUUAUACUUACCUUUGAUUCUAUAGCGGUUCUGUCGUUUGAUACCUCACCUGCCACAGCCCCACCAUCAGCUGACAUCGAUGACAUUGCAUGCCCGAGUGCGUGGGUGGGAAUCGCAAUCGGAGAAGGAAAUAUGAAAGCUGUGAUGUCAUCAACUGACGAUUCUACCUUUGAUGUGACACUUUGUGAGCGGAUCCCCCCGAAUUCUCCACUCCUCGGGCCGUAUAUCAGUGAAGGCCCCAGGAUGGUCAUGCAAUUCGGAAGUACUGAGACAAGGGAUGAUAAUAUCUCGCCGAUUGGGUUCAAGGCGACUAUCGAGUUUAAGACGGACUUUGGUGUUACUGGAGAGUCGCUGGGAACUUCCAAUGAGUGCAAGUUCCGAUUUACCUCGUCUACUGGGUUUUUCAACAGUCCCAGGUAUCCUGCUAAUUACCCCCUCGACACAAACUGCACCUACUACAUCGUUGGUCAGCCUGGAAAGGAAAUUCUACUGCACUUUGAGCAAUUCGCGCUCAGCGGGAACACCGACAACAAUUGUAAUGACUAUUUGGAUGUGUAUGAUGUAUUUGUGAAGAAUGGGAAAGAGGAGCUGCGACGGAAAGAAAGAUACUGUGCGGACACCUUCCCAGGACCUUCUGUAUCUGCAUUCGGGUCGCAUGAGAUGAGAGUAGUGUUCACCUCGGGGUCAAGUGGUACUGCGAAUGGGUUCAAGGCGUUGUUCGAGAUACGGACUGCGAGGAAGGAGGAUGUACCGAGGGGAGAAGCCCAUAUCCGACGUGGAGCCUACCGCUGCGGUUCAGUUAUCAAUUCGACUUCUGAGAAGCCCAAUGGCCUUAUCAUCUCCCCGAAUUACCCUGUUAAAUACAACAAGGAUGUUCAUUGUGACUGGCAGAUUAAUGUUAAGGAAGGAUACCAGGUUCUCCUGAAGAUGGAAGCGAUUGAUGUGGAAGGAGAGAUGACGUCAAAUGGUGCGAGUUGUCAGAAGGCCGUGAUUCGGGUUGAUGGAGGGCCUAGAUCAGAGUACUGUGGGACCAAGAGGGAGUUCUUCGAAGCCUAUCUAUCCCCGAGUAACUCUGUGAGGAUAAGCUUCUUAACAGCACCGGACAAAGUGAACGGCCUGAAGGGGUUCAAUCUGUCGUGGACCGAGGUGAAGAAUCUCAGUGGGAAGGAUGAAAAUGUUUGUAAAUCGGAUUCGCUGUACUUGUGCACUUAUUCGAAGCUGUGCAUUGACGCCAAGCUGAGGUGCAAUGGGCUUGAUAAUUGUGGAUAUGGAGUUCAGGAUGAUACUGAUGAACAGCAUUGCUCACUAAAAGAGAAAACCGGCGAUCGGACGGUGGUGAUUGCGGCGGUGUUCUGCGGUAUAACAUUUGUGCUCAUUUGCAUAUUCUUCUUGUAUUUGUUCAAGAAAAAGCUGGAGCGGAAGAAGAAGUCGAAACGGAAAAACGACACGAAGCAUCGGCAACGGCAACCAUACCGGCAGCAGAGGCCAAUGCACAAGCAGCAUUGCGAUUCUUCAGAAUUAUCGCCACCGGCCACCAGUCGAUUCGUUCAUCAUGACGCAACGGGAAUGAUGCCACCAAUUCAGUUACAUCAGAUUGGGAGUUCAUCGCGUGAUAUGUAUGCUUAGUAGUGACUAUUAUAUAUUUGGAGUGUAUUAAAAUAAAAUAAACUAUUUUGUAAUAA